AUGCGCCAUCACGAAAAGCCGGAGCGGCGGAGUACGGGGCCAAACAAACGAACAGCAUCCGAGUUGAGAAGGAAGCCUCGGACAACAAACCCGGAUGGAGCCGGGCUGCGAACGCGGCCCGGCGGGGACGAAAGCGUGGCGUUUAUCUACGACUACAAGGCCGCUCACAAAAUUGCGGCCAAGCAUGUGAAACUGGCCAUUGUGAAGGAAAGCUUGUUUAUAGAUGUCGUCGAACAAGUGAACAGGACUACAUCGAGGACGGAUGCCGAGCAAGAGCAACUCGGAGCCGAAGCGCGGCUGGCCAUGGCGCCCACCCAAGUCUUUGACUACAUGGUCACCUACGGGGUUGGGUAUGGCUACGUGGCGGCAGGCGAGUCGCUGCUGCUACUCCACGUCGACCAGGCCAACCCGCAAACGCUGUUCUGUUACCCGUUUGUGCCCAGUGAAGAUGUGAGCGACGCGUCGUGCGAAGACUGGGCCGAAAAACGGACGUACACGGCUGUGGCCCAGCUCAGCAGCUUUUGUAUGUUGAGUCUCCAAUCGGAUGCGCUUCAGGGGGCUGUCCUCGACGCAGCUCUGGGGAGUGCUAAGGCGGUCCUGAAAACAUGGCCAGAGCCGUACGAAGGUGCCGCACAGUUCUCCUUGGCCGAGGAGACGGGGUCAUCGCAGCCGGCGUCAUCGUCGCCUCUGGAACGAGCGGAUCCCGAUUUUAUAUCCCACGAAAGCCCCAUUGGCCGGAAAGUGGCCUUGCGGUCGAGGACAACCUGUAGAGCACCGGCGUCGCCUCGUCAGGAUGACAAGAGCGAGAAUGAGGACGAGCCGGGAGAUGGCUUGCCGCCGCCGAGGACAAGGCCGGUGGAGAAGCGGAAGGGCGGCCCAGCGCAUAGCAGCUCCGAUAGCAGCUCUGGGGAAGAGGAGACGCGCCAGUCGGCGCUUAGCCGGCAAUAUUGCUCGCAGGCGUGCCUGCUCGGCCUCAAGAGGGGCUGGGCCCUCGACGACGACUGCCCGAAUGUACUGGCGCAUCGUGUCGCGGCCGGAGGCAGUCCACGUCACCCUAUCACGGCCGACGAGGUCACACGCCUGGUUAGUACGCAGCUGCACGACAAUUCCUACCGGGGCUGCUUAGAGCUGGGUGGGUGGGGGAAGAGGGGAGCGAUAAGCGUGCUGUUCAAAGUGGAAAUCGCAGCAUAUGGCUACACCCUCGUCGGCAAAGGGACACUAGCGGGUGGUCUCGAGCGACUGCAGCACGAGUGCCAGGUCUACGCGCGGCUGGCGACGCUCGAGGGCUGGGUGGUGCCUGUGCACCUGGAUUGGGGCUAUGUGCUACCGGGGGCGAGGAGGGUGGUGCAUAUGAUGCUCAUGUCGUGGGGUGGCGAGAGAGCGGCAGAGGCGGGCAUGGAGGCGGCGGAACUGGAGGUGCAGGGGCGUCGCUCGUCGGAGGUGGUGUGGGCGGCGGGGGUGAACCACGGGGACCUGUGCGACGCCAACCUGCUGUGGAACGUGGAGCGCGGGCGGGUCAUGGUGAUUGACUUUGACCAAGCGGUCCUCCGGCCGGCGCCCAAACACCAGCAGAGUCCUGCUACCUUCCUCGAUAGCACCCGUCUGCCUCUCCUCAAGUACCUACUUCCGCCUAGCCCUUUCCUCGCGUAG